GGUGUUAUUUGUUGUCAUAUGUUCUAGAGAGCACUGGAAAUGUAUAUAUUCCUUUAAAUAUAUUAGUAUUUUCAUACUAUUUCAUUUAAGUUUUGCUUCUUUUUCUUAGAGAAAAACGACUCUUUAUUGCCAUUUAUUAGUUCUUUCAUCAUGUCGAAUCCAAUACUUUCAAUUCCUGUGAUUUCUGUCACUGGAUCUUUUAACUUACCUAAACUAAAAAAAGAGAAGGAAGAGACAUGGUUGGAUAAACAGCUAAAAGAAGUAACUAAUGGCUCUGUUGCGAAAGAAAUGGCUAUUGGAGGAAUUUCAGGAUGGUGUGCUGGCAUUGUUUUUUCCAAAGUUGGGAAAACAGCUGCAUCAGCACUGGCUGGAGGCUUGUUAAUGUUUCAGAUUGCACAGCAUCAAGGGUACAUAAAAGUCAAUUGGAAUAAAGUAAAUCGUGACAUUGAAAAGGCCAAAGGGAAGCUAGAUAAACAUUCAAAAAAUGAAUUGCAUUGGUUUUUUGAAGAAUCUAAGAGCUUCAUUCAAGAUUAUAAGUUCCUUGUUACAGGAUUUGCUGGUGGUUUUCUCAUUGGAAUUGCCAUGUGUUGAUACACUAGAUAACUUAUAACAUUUAUUAAUGUUUGCUUUACAUUUGUUAUGGUGUUUAAUUUAGUUUGAACAGUAUUAUAUAAAGUUGACACUUCCUCAAUCAAACCCCAUGGUACGGUGUUCUAAGAGUUAGAAUUAUAUAUGUGUGUAUUAUUGGUUUGAUUGGAAAAAAAAUGUGAGUCUGUCUGCAUCUACUCAUAUGAUCUGAGGUCUAAUAAGUUGAUUGCAUUGAAAAGAAAUGUAAAAUAAAAUGUCAAUUUGUAUAACUGAGGUCACCUUUUAACUCACCUUAUUGGGCAUUAAAAACUGCAUAAGUAUGUUGUUCAUUUUAUUAUAAAAGAAUAACAUUUAGUUUGACUUGAAACUAGUAUUGUUUAUAAUGUUUUUUUGCUCUGUCCAUGUAAAUGCAUAUAUUGUUCUUAAUGAAAUAAAUUAAUUUUUAGAAGGCUUA